GAAUUAUUUUACGUUCAGAAGAUAAUUAUAAUAAUAGCAGGAACGAAAGGGAAAGCUUCAUGCAAGGAAUUGUUUAAUAUUAUUUCAACAGACGACUUCUAGCAGACUACACGGCGCAACUACCCAGAAUACACCGCUGUGAAAACCUCAAAGCCUACAUUUAUUCCCUUCCUAUGUUCUCUGCCAUGAAAGUCCAUCGUUUACCGUGUUCCUUAUUCGUCGGCGACGUGUAAUACAGUAUUCGCGUACGACGUUUCGUAUUUGGGUCUGCGGUGUAAAUUGUGUGUUACAGUUAGAGUUGUAUAUUCUGUUCAUCUUGUCGGACAACGUAAAACGCAUAAAAUUGAUGAUCUUAAGCAGGAUUUGUUUGUUGAAACCUAGGACAUUUACAGUAUACUUUGAACAUUUAUCACCAAAGAAAAAUCCAUUUGAUCUGAUUUUUGGAUCAUGCAGUACAAUGACAUCUUCAUCUGUCAAGAAGAAAAUUGUUGCUGUUUGUCAGAUGACGGCAACAAACAGUAAAGAGGACAACUUGAGAACCUGUUUAGAAUUGAUAAAAUCUGCAAAGAAAAGGGAUUGCGUGAUGGUUUUCUUGCCAGAAGCAUGUGACUACAUUGGUGAAUCCAAAGCGCAAACAUUGGCAAUGGCAGAAUCUUUGAAUGGAGAUUUAAUUAAAGCAUUUUGCAACUCUGCAAAGGAAAAUGAAAUUUGGUUGUCUUUAGGUGGAAUACAUGAGCAGGUGAGUGCUGAGAGUGUGGCAAACUCUCAUGUUAUAAUUGAUGGUAAGGGUGUUAUCACUGCAGUGUACCGGAAAGCACACCUGUUUGACUUAAAUAUUCCAGAAAGAGGAAUCAAAUUGAUGGAAUCUGAUUAUGUUCUUCCUGGUCAAACAAUUCUUCCACCGGUUGAAACACCUAUUGGAAAUCUGGGACUUUCAAUUUGUUAUGACAUGCGCUUUCCAGAGUUGAGUUUAAUAUUAGCUAAAAUGGGUGCUGAUAUUUUGACAUUUCCAUCAGCUUUCACAUAUGUUACUGGUGCAGCUCACUGGGAGACAAUUCUUCGAGCUAGAGCAAUUGAAAGCCAGUGUUAUGUUAUUGCUGCAGCACAAACUGGAGCACAUAACAGCAAGAGGACUUCCUGGGGACAUGCAAUGCACCUGCAUGUCCAUGUAUUGCCAAGAAGACUUAAUGAUUUCCCAGAAAAUGACAUGAUAUAUGAGCUUUUGCAGAAAUAUUAUGAAACGCCUGCAGUCGUUUCAGGUUCAGGUGAUAUGGUUCAGAAUGUGGAAGUCUUGCGAUCAUAUUUGAAUACCUCAUAAUACAGAGAUUCCAGACAUUUCUGUUUUGCAUAUUUCUACCAUAUUUUCAAGUCAAUUUUAUACACCACCAGACAGAUAUAUAAUAAAAUUUAGGUGAUGUGCUUACAUAUUAUAUGCAGCUGUGAUUGUUAUAAAUGUACUUAAUUACACUGGUGAUGGUGCUGCAAAAAUCUGUGCUGUAGUGACGGAGAAGAAGAACUUUGAACAUCUUAGGGAUAUUAUCUUUCGUAGGACUCAAGGAGGGUACUUUUCAGGAUAACCUGAGGAAGUGCAUUUGAUAGAAAACUGAUGUUAAAUUCAUGUAUUGAGUUGAUACAGGAACAUUUUAGCUUGUGUUUGGAUUUCAUGUAACAUUAUCUCUCAGACUUGUUAAACAAAGGUAAUCUGCCUCCCCUUUCAAAUUGCUGUGUAGCAGGUCUCAGUCAGGUGAUGCUCAGAGGUCUGUCAGUCUGACCAGCAGCCCUGUAAUACAUAAGUUUGUAUUUCCCCUUCCCAUACAAUAAAGUUUAAAGAAGGGUAAAAGGAGGUAAUAUUAUCUUCAUUUACAACUUGAAGAGUGGAAGGACAUCUUUGAAUGUUUGUAAUCCAUUAAAUAUCUCACAGUAAGGAUCAUGUUGAGCUAUUUUCAUCUACUUAACCUGUAACUAUGAAUAAAAGUAGUAAGUAAAGUAAA